UCGCAUUAAACGUCUGCAAUAUAUAUAUUGGUUAUACUAUCAAUAUUUUAUUUUUAGUUUGAGUUAUUUUGAAACUGUGAACGUAUUUUUUUAACGAUGGUGCAGGUUCCACUAAUUCAAUUAAAUAAUGGUAUAACCAUGCCUGUCAUUGGAUUGGGUACUUGGAGGGCCCCACCAGGUGAAGUCUAUAAAGCAGUCCAAGAUGCAAUUGACAGUGGAUUCAGACACUUCGACUGCGCUAUGCUUUAUGGAAAUGAAGAUGAAAUAGGGCAAGCAUUACACGAUAAACUCAAACAAGGCACCAUUAAAAGAGAAGAUCUUUUUAUCGUGAGUAAAGUAUGGUGUAACUCAAUGAGGCCAGAUCUUGUAGAGCCCACCUUAAAAAAAACUUUAAAAAGUCUUCGUUUGGAUUAUUUAGAUCAGUAUUUAACUCAUUGGCCUAUGGGAUUUCAGGAAUCCGACUCUUUCUAUCCGCUGGGUGAGGAUGGUAAACUACAACAUAGUGAUGUCGAUUAUGUGGACUCCUGGAAAGCUAUGGAAGAAGUGUACAGAAAAGGACUGACGAGGUCUAUUGGAAUAUCUAAUUACAAUCCAGCACAAGUUCAACGGUUAAUGAAAACUGUGUCUAUAAAGCCAGUUGUAAAUCAGAUAGAAGUUCAUCCAUAUCUAAUCCCACAAGAUUGGCUGGAUGUUUGCAAAACACAUGAUAUUGUAGUUGUUGCCUAUUCACCACUGGGUUCUAAUGACAGACCUUGGGCUACAAAAGAUGAUCCGAGAGUACUUGAGGAUCCUGUAAUAAUGGCCAUUGCGAAGAAACACAAAAAAACUACUGCACAGGUUACCCUUAGGUUUUUAGUUCAGUUGGGAUUAGUUCCUAUACCAAAAUCUUCAAACCCAAAACGUAUUAAGGAAAAUCUCGAAAUAUUUGAUUUUGAAUUAACCUCAGAAGAAAUGUCUGAAAUACGUGCACUGCAUCGAAAUAUAAGAUAUCACAAACAUGUAGAAGCUCUUGGACAUCGUCAUUAUCCAUUUUAGCCGAGGGUCGAAUAGAAGAAGAACAUAUGAGAACUUUAUAUUAUUGGACUCUAAUUAUUGAUAAAAAUAAAGUUUUAUAAUUCAAA